UUCCGACUCUUCCGGCGCGGGCUCUAGGGCUUGGAGUUCCGUUGCUCCUCAGAGGCUGUACCCGCAGGCGGCUUGGGAGAGGUGGGUUCGGCCCCUCAGCGGUUGCACUUCCUAGGUCUGUGCGGCCCAGCGCGACAGGAACCUGCGCUGUGCUGUUGUUUCUCAGACUAUUUUUAGGAAUAGGCGGAUCGGCGCGUUCAGGUGAGUGUGAGGUAACAAUUGAUGAUGAAUGAUCCAUGUCUUCAAGAAUGCAAGUAACACUGUAGAGAGAGGAAAGCUCAUCAGUGGCCAUGUAAGUGUAUGAACUGCCCAGACAUGUUCUUCAGAUUCUGGAAGGGAGUGUUCUAGUAUAUUUCACCAUCACCUUUACAGGAUGGAAGCCAUCAGUUUGUCCCAUGGCUUAUUUUCUAGGAACCCAGGCUACUUUCAUAAUGAAAAGACAGAGAUGGAAAAGAGGGUGUCUGACUGCUGGACAAACAGUUACCAGGAGUCAGUGACUUUUGAGGAUGUGGCUGUAGACUUCACCCAGGAGGAAUGGAUUUUAUUGGACACAAAACAACGGAGCCUUUACAGAGAGGUGAUGCUGGAGAUCUACCAGAACCUUGCCACAUUAGGAUGUCAGCUCAUCAAAUCCAGAUCCAGCUCUUGUUUGGAGGCUGAAGAGUUGAGAGUUGUCGAAAGAAGAGUUCAACAAGAACAGGCUAUGCAACUUAACACCAGAGGGACAAUGUUUCAGCAGGAUAUUUUUCAGUUAAAAAUAUCAGAUGAGAUACAACUGUCAAAUAGCCACAAUGGAAAGGAGCUCUGUGACAUUAAGCCACCUGGAGAAAUCAUCAAAGACACUUCAUGCAGUCGGACACACAUAGGUAUUGAAAGCACAGCGAGCAUUUAUGAUGGUGGUCAGUAUGAACAAGUCUUUCCUACCCUGCCUAAGGAGACCUCCUCUGCAGACAGCAGUCGUGAAUUAGAACAGUAUGGAAAAGACUUCAGUAUGACUGCAAGUACUGCUUACCAGACAACAUGUGUGCAAAACAACUUCCUUGAAUCCAGUGAAUUUCAGCAGUCAUCCCUUCAGAGGCCUGGGAAAAGUCACAAUGAAGACAAACUCUUUAACUGGGUACAGUGUGGUGAUACUUUUAGGCCAGUCAUGAGUCAUGCUGAGAAUGCUCAAAUAUAUACUGGGAAAAAAUCGUAUGAAUGUAAGGAAUGUGGGAAAAGUUUUAAAUAUUCUGCCAACCUUAAUAUUCAUAUGCGUUCUCACACUGGAGAGAAACCUUAUCAAUGUAAGGAAUGUGGCAAGGCCUUUUCUAGGUGUUAUCCACUAACUCAGCACUUAAAAACUCACACUGAAGAGAAGCCCUUUGAAUGUAAGGUUUGUGGAAAAUGCUUUAGAAAUUCCUCAUGUCUUAAUGAUCACUUUCGGGUUCACACUGGAAUAAAGCCCUAUAAAUGUAAGGACUGUGGCAAAGCUUUCACAGGGCGUUCUGGUCUUAGUAAGCAUUUACCAACACAUACAGGAGAGAAGCCUUAUGAAUGUAAGGAAUGUGGGAAAGCCUUCACUUCAACCUCAGGACUUAUUAAACAUAUGAAAAGUCACAUGGGAGAGAGACCCUUUGAAUGCGACCACUGUGGGAAAGCCUUUGCUUCUUCCUCAACCCUUAUUACACAUUUGAGAACACACACUGGAGAGAAGCCCUUCGAGUGUAAAGUAUGUGGAAAAGCCUUUGCGUGUUCUUCUUAUCUUCGCAUUCACAUGCGGACUCACACUGGAGAGAAGCCCUAUGUAUGUAAGGAGUGUGGUAGAGCCUUCACUGAGCGCACAAGCCUUACUAAACACUUACGAACACACACUGGAGAAAAUCCCUUUGAGUGCAAUGUGUGUGGAAAAGCGUUUGCAUGUUCUUCCUACCUUCAUAAUCACAUACGAACUCACACUGGAGAGAAGCCUUAUGUAUGUAAGGAAUGUGGAAAAGCCUUCACUGUUUCUUCACAUCUAAGCAAACACAUACGAAUUCAUACAGGAGAGAAACCCCAUAAGUGUGAGGAAUGUGGGAAAGCAUUCACUGUGCGUUCUGGUCUUACAAAACAUAUACGAACUCACACGGGGGAGAAGCCCUACAAUUGUAAAGAGUGUGGGAAAGCCUUCACUACAUCCUCAGGCCUCCUUGAACACAUGAGAAGUCACACAGGAGAGAAGCCAUACGAGUGUGACCAGUGUGGAAAGGCCUUUGCUUCUUCCUCCUAUCUAAUUGCACAUUUGAGAAUUCACACUGGAGAGAAGCCCUUUGAGUGUAAGGAGUGUGGGAAAGCAUUUACAUGUUCCUCCUACCUUCAUAUCCAUAUGCGAACUCACACUGGAGAGAAACCCUAUGACUGUAAGGAGUGUGGGAAAGCAUUUGCUGUUUACUCUCAUCUAAGUAAACAUGUAAGAAUUCAUGGUGGAGAGAAAGCCUACACAUGUAAAAGUGAUGGAAUAGUGUUCAAUCAUUCUCAUUGUAAAGAACACAUAAAAAAUCUUGAGAUAAAUUCUUUGGUUGGAAGGAAUGAAGAGACCGCUUUGGAACGUUCUAUUGCUUUAGCAGUGCAUCCAAAUUCACAGUGGCAAGAAAGGUUAUCAGUGUAAGCCAUUUGUAAAGUGAUUAUUUUCAUAGUUGACUUCAAAGACAUGAAAGCAGUCAUGUUGCAAAGAUGCCUCACGAACCUAAAGAAUGUGGGAAGUGAUCAGAAUGCUCAAAACACAUUUCAAACAAACUCAUUUUGAAGCUUCACAAAAUCAGAAUCAUGGAAAGCCAUCUCUGUUUCAAUGGCUUUUUAUAAGUAUGUUGUAUGAAACUAUUGACACACAAUGUCAAUAUUUCUGCCCAUUUCUUUGACGAUUACUCAUAGUACCCCAGUGGAGGACUUUGUGAAAGUAAAAAAUGUUGGAAAGUAAUGGUUCAAUAAAGUGACUCACAUUUGGGAAACUUCAUGUAUAGAAUAUGGCGAUUGUUUCUAUGUCUUAAGAUCUUGUAUACUAGCAGAAACACAGCUUUUUUGGUAGUUGUAUAAGCUUAUUUUGGCCAUUUUUUGCAUUUUCAAUAUUUAAGAUAUUUUUAAUAUUUGUAUAUAAUGACUUUCCAGUUUUAAAAUUUAUUUAAGAUGUACAAAAUUCCAUGGAAUAUCUCCUGAAAUAAUUAUUAGACUAAUUAAAAUGUGAUACAGUAACUGGGUUUUGUUAUUAUGAAGCACUUUUUACUAUCUCAGAAAUUUCAGGUACUGCACAUUAUUAACUGUAUCCACCAAUUGUACUCUUAAGUUGCUCAUUUUGUAAUUGAAACUUUAUACCCUUUAACAGUAACUCAUAAACAUUAACUAGUUAAAGACAGGCUCUCGCUGUUUAGCUCUGGAAUUCACUGUGUAAACUAGCCUGGCUUUGAACUCACAGAGAUUCUCUGCCUCCCAAGUGCUGGGAUUAAAUGCAUACAUUGCCAUGCCCAACUACAGUCCAUAUUUAAAUAAGGUAAUAUAUUGUUUUUAGUUUCUGUGUGUCUGGCUUAUUUUCACAUAACAAAAUGUCUUUUAGUUUCAUCUCUGUUGUCUUGCAUGACAUACUUUCCUUUAAAAAAUAGAAACAAGAGGGGUAGAUACCUGGAGCCAAGCCUGCUUACACAACUGUCUCGGGAAUGUUUGAGAAAUAUCAAGCCCACUUAAACCCUUUUACUAGCCAGUUGUCUGUUCUUAUCACUUUUACAGUUUCUGUCUCCAGCCAUCUGUUCUUAUCAGUCUAGACCUGCAACUUGUGGUUUAGGGAUAUAGGGAGGGUGGUGACGGUAGUGGAAUUGGUCCUGGGUCCAAUUCCUACCUGCUUGUCUUUAUAAGCCGCUGUUUUUUAAAUUAAAGUUUGAGAGCUUGAUCAGAA